AUGGCGGCCCUCACGGACCUCUCUUUUAUGUACCGCUGGUUCAAAAAUUGCAAUCUGGUUCGAAACCUCUCAGAGAAGUACGUCUUCAUCACGGGCUGUGACUCUGGCUUUGGGAACCUGCUGGCCAGGCAACUGGUUGACCGGGGCAUGAAAGUGCUCGCUGCUUGCCUCACGGAGGAGGGGGCCCAGAAACUCCAGCAGGACACCUCCUACCAGCUGCAGACCAUCCUCCUAGAUGUCACCAAGACCGAGAGCAUCAAGGCCGCAGCCCAGUGGGUGAGGGACCAAGUGGGCGAGCAAGGCCUCUGGGCCCUAGUGAACAACGCUGGUGUGGGCCUGCCUAGUGGCCCCAAUGAAUGGCUGACCAAAGAAGACUUCGUGAAAGUAAUCAACGUGAACCUGGUGGGACUGAUUGAAGUCACCCUGAACAUGCUGCCUAUGGUCAAGAAAGCCCGGGGCAGGGUGGUCAACAUGUCCAGUUCCGGUGGGCGUGUGGCCGUCAUCGGUGGUGGCUACUGUGUCUCCAAGUUUGGUGUUGAAGCCUUCUCUGAUAGCAUCAGGCGAGAGCUUCAUUUCUUUGGGGUGAAGGUCAGCAUUAUUGAGCCAGGGAACUACCGGACAUCCAUCCUGGGCCAGGAAACUCUGCAAUCACGAAUGAAGAAGCUGUGGGAUCGGCUGCCGCAGGAGACCCGGGAUAGCUACGGAGAGGAGUAUUUCCGUGUCUAUACUGAAAAGUUGGCUAACUAUAUGCGGCUGGCACAUCCAAAACUCAGCGAUGUCACCAACAGCAUGGAGCAUGCUGUUGUCUCCAGGAGUCCCCGAGUCCGCUACAACCCUGGCCUGGAUGUCAAGCUUCUCUAUCUCCCCCUGGCGAAAUUGCCCACGUCUGUGACAGAUUUCAUUCUGAGCCGAUACUUGCCGAGGCCAGCAGACAGUGUUUGAGCUGGGGAGCUCGAGGGGUGGCCAGUGGUGCGUGGAGGAGGGGGCAAAGGACUGUGGGAUCACAAGAGGGACACUCACUGCUGGCUUAUGUCUCCCCAUUUCCGCUGGGGCCUCCUGAUGUGGCCCCUGCUGAUUUAGAGAGUUGCCCUAUGGGCCCCAAGACACCUCUCACCAAGGCAGGUAUAAGAGGCCCUGGCCCUGGAAAACUCAAGGAGAAGAAAGCUGGCUUCUGUUGAAGGACAAGCUGUGGCCACCCUGUAAAUACCACAGGAUAACCUAGUCCAUGGGAGACUCUCAGCCCCUCCCCACAGCUCUCCUCACAAGCGCGGGUUUGUGCGUAUACAAACUGUGUAAUACGGCAGUCGGAACUGCCAGCGCAUAUCCAGAGAAUGUUUGAAGUCGUUUCCUUUCCUUUGCAUUUCUCUAUCUGUAGGUGAUUGGGAUCCAUAUAACACACACUUCUUUAAUCACCAUUGAUUAAUGUUUCAAGUAUUUAUUGAUUGCUUAAUACCUACCAGGCACUGAGGAUCUGAGGGUAGAGGAGGAAGAGGAAAUCAUGAUCUUGGAUUUUUUUUGUUUAGUUUGUGUUUUAUUUUGUUACAACAGCUACAACAAAGAUAGGAAAGUAGCAACAAUGUAAUCAUUCCCAAGGUGACACUCAUAAUCACUCAGAGUCCAUAUGGCUGCUGGAGAGGCAGAACUUGCUAACCAGAGGAUCUGCGUUGGGUUCCCAUGGUAGCCCACUACCUCCCAUAAUUCCAGUUCCGGGCAUCUGAGGCCCUCUUCGGACCUCCACAAGCACCAAGCGUGCACAUAGUGUGAUAUGCAGACAAAACACUGCUACACAUAAAAUAAGAUAUGGAAGCUGGACAUGAUGUCUCAUGCCUGUAAUCCUAACACUUGGGGGAGGGCGCUGAGACAGGAGGAUUUUUGUGAGUUCAAGAGCAAGCAGUUUACAAAAUAAGACCCUGUCUCAAGAAACAGACCCCUGGAAAAAAAUACAUAUGAAGGUUAAUGCUAGACAAUCUGAUUCAGUAGACCCAAGCAGAGGCUAGGACUAUGAACUGGUACCGAGGACCUAGAUGAGUCGAUGUACCUGUGUGCACCUGAGAGCCACUGGUAGUGCCGCAGGAGAAUCAGCAAACACGCCCAGAGUGGGAAGCAACUUACCCACUGGCCCCCAGCUCAGUGUCCAAACAAACAGAGCUCUUGUUCAGGUUCCUUUUUCUAGCUGUAGGACAGUAACUGUAACAUCUUCACAUAUGUCAUGGAACUGAAUAAUACAUACUUUAAAAAACAGCCAUGAACUUCUGGGUUAUAUGAACGUCUGUUAAAAAGAAAAAUUCUUCUGAGAUACUGAAUAUCAAACCCAGAACUUGAGCAUUCUAGGCAAGCACUCUACCCCUAAAGCUACAUUCCCAGCCCUCAGAUUUUCAGUUAGGACUCAGGCUGAACGUGAACUUGCUAUAACUUUCAAUAGUCCCUCAAACUUGCGAGACUUCUGCCUCUGCUCGCAGAGUACUGUGACUACAGACAUGUGCCACCAGUCCCAACAAUAGCAAUUAAUUAAAUAAAUAAAUAAAAAUGUUGAA